UACCUGGUAAAUAUUAUGUAGAUUUAGUUAGUAAGUACAUCUUACUUUUAUUUAUUGAUCUCACUGAAGGUCAGUUGAGAAGAUUGAUACCACCAUCAUGUCUGCACGGUAAAUAUGGCGUUAUAACAAGCAGACAGUUGGCACAAAGGUGAAAUAUGUAAAAAAUGAUCAACAAGAAUGUGAGAAGUAAAAGUUUAGACAUCAUGACGUCCAUAGAAAUUAGCAUUCUAGCCAGCUAGCUUUAGCCUGUCUUGGUCCAAAGCCGCUGUGCUAACAGCGUAAACCUCAACGCUCACCUGGAGCAGCAGUUAGCGGUUGUUCCGGUGAUAUGCUGCCCCCCUUUUUUUAGUGUGAAUUGCACCUUUUGAGAUUAGCAUGUAGAGGAUAAGUAAGGGGAAACAGCUAGUAGAGUUCUCUAAAGUUCACAAAUCAACAUGUUAAACAGAUUGAGACACUUGAUUUGCUUAAAAAAAAAAAAAAAGACUCCUGGGUCCAAAUUUCAGGCUUUUCUAAAUCUCUAGCUGAUGUUCAGUUAUCCGUCUGAUUCUUUCCCAGUCCUCAUGAGUGCAUCAUAACAACCCUGAUUAGAGAAUGACGUGAUUCUGUUACUAGGGAACUAAAAUGCACAUUAGAUAUACGCAUUUGAAUUUAAAGAGGAGUUUGAACGGUCACUGUGUGGCUGCGAGUGUCUGCGUGUACCUUCGGUCUGUGUGUGCAGCGGGGGGGUAAUUACGGUGUAGAAUGUCCUCCUCAUCACUGGAGCUGACCUGAGAGCACAACAGUUAAUCAUCCACUAACCGGCAGAGAGAGACGGAGCGAGAGAAGGAAGAGAGGAGCUAAUGUGUUGCAUGCUGCACGGUUGGACUGAGACACUUUGAGGCACUUGACUUUGGUGAAAAAAAAAAAAAAACAAAGAAGAAAAGAGGAAUCUUUCAGCGGACUGGAGAAAAGGAUUUACUGUCCUUAGGGAGGAAGGACAGCAGUCGAGGACGCGCACCUGCUCCUGAAGACGGAUCUUUUUUUUUUUCCAAUCUCCAAUCAACCAGUGUGUGUGUGUGUGUGUGUGUGUGUGUGUGUGUUUAUGGGCAUGUGUGUGUGUAAGUAUGUGAGCUGUACGUAGACCGUCCUGUUCCGGGCUUUCGUGUGUGGCCACAUGGGGCCCGGGCCCUGUCCGGGAUGCCAGCUGCAGCAGUGAAGCCCGCUCCGGAGGACAUGGUGGCGGAGGGAAGGGGCGAAGGAGAGCGCGGCGUGUCCCAGUGGGAAGCCACGGGGCCGGGCCGAGAGCGGCCGCCUCUGCCCUCCCUGAAGGUCCCCAGGGAGCUGCUGCGAAGCUUCCCCCACUCCAAACGGGUGGGGUCCUAUCUGGUGGGGAAGAUGAUCAACAAGGGCUCGUUUGCCAAAGUGAUGGAGGGGCUGCACAUCGGCACGGGGGAAAAGGUGGCCAUCAAAGUGAUCGACAAGAAGAAGGCGCGGCAGGACUCGUACGUGUUGAAGAACAUGAAGCGAGAACCUCGAAUUCACCAGAUGAUCCGACACCCUCACAUCGUCGUCCUGCUGGAGACUCUGGAGACAGAGAACAGCUACUACAUGGCCAUGGAGCUGUGUGCCGGCGGAGACCUGAUGGACCGGAUCUGUGAGAGGAAGCGGCUGGAGGAGAGGGAGGUGCGGCGCUACACUCGUCAGAUCCUGUCUGCAGUGGAGCACCUGCACAAACACGGCAUCGUGCACAGAGAUUUAAAGAUCGAGAACUUCCUGCUGGACGAACACAACAACAUAAAGAUUGUGGACUUUGGCCUGAGCAACACUCUGAAGGCUGAAUCUCUGUCCCUGGAGCUCCUCAACACCCAGUGUGGAAGUCCUGCCUACGCUGCCCCCGAGCUGCUCGCUCACAGGAAGUACGGACCCAAAGUUGACGUCUGGUCCGUAGGUGUGAGUAUGUUUGCAAUGCUCACAGGGACUCUGCCCUUCACGGUCGAGCCGUUCAACAUCAAGCAGCUGCACCAGAAGAUGGUGAACGGAGAGAUCAGCAGCAUCCCGAGUGACGUCAGCAAAGGCGCAGCAGCGUUUGUGUUGUCUCUCCUGGAGCCCGACCCGGCCAAGAGACCCAGCGUCAGAGCUGCGAUGGAGGAGAGAUGGAUCAACGAGGGAUACGCCAAGAAACCGCUGCACGCACUCUCUCAUAAAAACAGGCUGUGUCCGGAGGAUCUCAACUCGUCCGUGCUGGCGUACAUGACGGAGACGCUGGGCUACUCGCUGUCAGAGAUCAUACACACACUCACCACCAACCGACCCUCCGCCAUCAUGGCCUCCUACCACCUGCUGCUCAACAAGCUCAGCAGGAGCCAGAAAGGAGCCAAGGCCAGCAAGAAGAUAGAGAGCAACGACUGGAGUCUUCCCAGCAAGAAUACAUGGAGAGAGCGGAACAACACUGAAUCAAAGACGCAGCAACAACAGGAGCCAGAAGAUAAUGAACCAACCAGUGAGAAAAGCUCCAAGCAGUCCAGCCGGCCUCUGAGAGCCCAGCAGACAACCGAGUGUCAGAGCAACAGGAAGCGGCCCGAGGACCUGCACAGAAAGGACCACAGGGAAGACGCCGAGAACCGUCCCCCGUCUCCGUCUCUGCCGCAGCUUCCUCACUCUGCCUCCCCCUCCAUACCGCCUCGCCUGCUCCCCUCCCCCUCCCCCGUCCGUCUGUCUGCAGAGGAUGCAGCCACUGAUGAGGAAAUCGCCAUCACCUUGGACACCAGAGAGACGCUGUUCCCUGAAGUGACGGUGUUCGGAGACCGGGAGCUCGUCCACCUCUCUCCACCUAAAACCUCUGCAUCUCAACUCUGUGACUCUGCACCUUGCCAAGUCCCCGUGGAGCCAAUCAGAGACAGCAGCACGUCGAGGCCGAUGCGACACACACACCUGCUCAGGACGACUCAGUCGGAUGGCGCCGCAGACCCGGGGUCAGACUGCUUCCGCGACAGCCGCCACCAGGACGACCACGCUCAUCACCUGAGCAUCAACGAGCGCCUGGAGAAGCUGCAGACGUUUUACUCGGCAGAGAAGAACGGCAUCUCUCCCAGGAUGCUCCUGGAGGCCGACACGCACACCACACACUCCUCAGACAGAGACCACCUGGGCGCCGCCGAGAGGACGCAGACGUCACCCUCCGCCCCGCUGCCCCGGCUGCGCAACGUGGGGCUGAAAGACGGACGCGGCAGGAAGAUGACGUGGGUAGGGUUGACCCGGCCCGGACCUCCAGGACUCCUGGUGAACGGGUCCAAACCUCCCGCCUUCCCCUCGCAGAGACAGCAUACUUUGGUCAUUAAGAGCCUCAGGCAGGAGAGGAGCAAGAGACGAGAUCUGUCGACAGGAGGAGGUGGAGGAGGAGGAGGAGGAGGAGGAGAUAGAGGGACGGCAGGAGGAGGGAUGAACGCAGCAAAGAGAAACUCAGUUCAGUUACGUUCGUCUCUCCAGCGCCGAGUGGCGGACCUGAAUCUGCCGCUGCUUCCCACAGCAGUGCAGGGGAAGUCGGACAGGAAGAACCAGCUGCACUCCAUGGACUACUGAUACACAGACAGCUCAUCACCAAACAAACAACAUACGGGAUGCUGAAGUGCCAAAAAAACUCAUUACACUCUAAACACUGAAACCGGCGUUUGGUAGCUGGACCACGGUCACGUUGAUCUCCACCUGAUCCAAUGUGAAGUGCAGAACGCACACGUUAUUUAUGGUUCUAUUUGUAUUCGCUGUUCUUUAUUACAUUUUUGUACCAACGUUGAAACUCAAAGUAAAAACAAGGUCUCCAUCCAACA